AAUAUUUGAGGUCUUCCUAAAAAAUAGAAAUGUGUACAAGUUGAAAAACAAGCCAGCCAGUUAAUGAAGUUGGUUUGAGAACAAAUAACCGUUCUGUUAUUUUCAGGCCGACUUUUUUGUUUUCAAGUUUUGUAGUUUGUACUGUUUUAAGGAAGUAAAACGGACUUAGUGUUUUAAAGUCAGAGAUGAGUGGAGAGGAAUCGAGAUGAACGGAUGAUAAUGAAGAUAAUUCAAAUGAUGGGACCCAACCAUCCAAAAGGAGGCGAAUGGGCUCAGGAGAUAGCUCUAGGAGCUGUGACACUUCCAGUCAGGAUCUUGGCUUUAGCUACUAUCCAGCAGAAAAUUUGAUAGAGUACAAAUGGCCACCUGAUGAAACAGGAGAAUACUAUAUGCUUCAAGAACAAGUCAGUGAAUAUUUGGGUGUGACCUCCUUCAAACGGAAAUAUCCAGAUUUAGAGCGACGAGAUUUGUCUCAUAAGGAGAAACUGUACCUGAGAGAGCUAAAUGUCAUUACAGAAACACAGUGCACUCUAGGCUUAACAGCAUUGCGCAGUGAUGAAGUAAUUGAUUUAAUGAUAAAAGAAUAUCCAGCCAAACAUGCUGAAUAUUCUGUCAUUCUUCAAGAAAAAGAACGCCAGCGAAUUACAGAUCACUAUAAAGAAUAUUCUCAACUGCAACAACAGAAUACUCAGAAAGUUGAAGCCAGCAAAGUGCCUGAGUACAUUAAGAAAGCUGCCAAAAAAGCAGCUGAAUUUAACAGCAACUUAAACCGGGAACGUAUGGAAGAAAGAAGAGCUUAUUUUGACUUACAGACACAUGUUAUCCAGGUGCCUCAAGGGAAGUACAAAGUGUUGCCGACAGAGAGAACUAAGGUCAGUUCUUACCCGGUGGCCCUCAUCCCUGGACAGUUCCAGGAAUAUUACAAAAGGUACUCGCCAGAUGAACUGCGGUAUUUGCCAUUAAACACAGCGCUUUAUGAGCCCCCCCUGGAUCCUGAGCUCCCUGCUCUCGAUAGCGAUGGUGAUUCAGAUGAUGCCGAAGAUGGUCGAGGUGAUGAGAAACGGAAAAAUAAAGGCACUUCGGACAGCUCCUCUGGCAACGUGUCUGAGGGGGAAGGCCUUCCCGAAGGCCAGGAGGAGCCUCUGCAGGGAAGACAGAGGUCCAGGGACAAGGCUGCUCCUCCACGGAAAGAUGCUUCCAAACGUUCUGUACUGUCCAAGUCAGUUCCUGGGUACAAGCCAAAGGUCAUUCCAAAUGCUCUAUGUGGAAUUUGUCUGAAGGGUAAGGAGUCCAACAAGAAAGGGAAGGCUGAAUCACUUAUACACUGCUCCCAGUGUGAUAACAGUGGCCAUCCUUCUUGCCUGGAUAUGACCAUGGAGCUUGUUUCUAUGAUUAAGACCUACCCAUGGCAGUGUAUGGAGUGUAAGACUUGCAUUAUAUGUGGACAACCCCACCAUGAAGAAGAAAUGAUGUUCUGUGAUGUGUGUGACAGAGGUUAUCAUACUUUUUGUGUGGGCCUUGGUGCUAUUCCAUCAGGUCGCUGGAUUUGUGACUGUUGUCAGCAAGCCCCCUCAACACCCAGGAAAGUGGGCAGAAGGGGGAAAAACAGCAAGGAGGGAUAGUUUUUGACCCCAAUACUGUAAUGCGCAUUUAAAUGAAGUAUUUGGUGCCAAUUUACAACAUUCUCAUUUUUAUGCCAAUAAAAGAUUUCUGAAA